AUGCCUGUAAAUUUAAGAAAUACCAAAAAAAUUAGACAAGAAAAUCGUUUGAAAAUUGAAUGUCAGAAGGUAUCUCAACAACAAACGCACAAAGGACAAAUAGUGAAACUUGCUGAAACGUUACAUGAAUCACAUGAAAUACCUUCAACAUCACUAAUGGCAAACGUAGCUUUACAAAAUGCUCAUAUUAGCGAAGACGAAGCUGCAUUAUACGAUAGACAAAUUAGAUUAUGGGGUUUAGAAGCUCAGCAACGUGGGAUGCGAGGUCUAAGUAAUGAGAUAUGCAAGAAUUUGGUUCUCGCAGGGAUUGGCACCAUUACAAUAAUUGAUCAUAAUGUAGUCACGGAAGAAGAUCUCGGCGCACAAUUCUUUGUGACCGAAGGAGACAUAGGAAAGAACGCAAAUGUUUCAGCGGAUCGGAUUCGUCAAUUAAAUCCUCGUGUCGUGGUGAUAGCUGAUAAUAGUGACAUACGCACAAAGCCUGAUGAUUUCUUCAAAGUUUUUGACUUAGUGUGUCUUACAGAUUGUGAUCCCGAUACAGUGAUCCGGAUUAACGAAAUAUGCAGAAAUUUUGAUAAAAAGUUUUAUGCUGCUUGUACUUACGGUUUCUAUGGCUAUAUUUUUUGUGAUCUUAAACAGCAUGAAUAUAUAGUAGAACGAAAGAUAGCAAUGCCACAUAAAGAUGAGCACGAAAUAACCAAGUUAAAAAAGCAUGACGAAUAUGUGAGCUUUCAACAUGUUCUAUCUAAAACUGAUUGGACAGAAAUUUCAGAUAGAAAACUAAAAAAGAUUUCACCUUUAUUAUGGGCUAUUCAAAUUUUAUGGAAAUUCCAACAAGAAGUGGGUCGGCUACCUGUAACAAAUGAUAAUUUAGAUGUCGAGAAAUUGUUAUCUCUGAGAAACCCUUACCUACAAACCAUUAAUAUUAACAAUCUACUUGUAACUGAUGAAUUACUUAUAGCUCUUGCAUCAUUUGCGCUUACGGAAUUAACCCCUAUAUGUGCAAUCCUGGGCGGUGUCUUAGCUCAAGACAUUCUGAACGUUCUGUCCAAGAAGGGUGUCCCUAUUAACAACUUAUUUGUUUUUGACGGAUUUCAAGGUAAUGGAUAUAUUUAUCACGUUGAGCAAGGUAAACAUAUUGUUUGA